CCGACGACACCAUGGGCGACACGGCUGCAGCAGAAAUUCAGAAUCUAAACAUUAACGAAAAGGCAGGAUUUUGAGCACAAUAUUUUAUUUUUUACCCGACAAUCUGUUCGUUUAAUAAGCGAUGUUAAAAUUAUUCAAAUUGCAUAGAUUCUCCGUGGUUCGCAUCAAAGAGGGCUAUGCCACAUGGUCGCAAAAAAAAGCGAUGAAGGAAAAGAAAAAGAAAGAAGAAUCACCUGGAGGUGUCGCUGAAUUAAAACCAUGGCCAGAAUUCAUUCAAAAACGUAUAGAUUUGUGGGAUAAGUUCAAAGCACAAUAUGAGGAGGAGUUAGCAUCCAAACCAGACUUAAGUAUUGUGGUUACAUUACCUGAUGGAAAGACAGUUGAGGCUAAAGCUUGGAAGACUACACCUUAUGAUGUUGCUAAGGGUAUCAGCCAAGGCUUAGCAGACUCUACGAUUAUUGCUCGUGUGAACAACGUGCUUUGGGAUCUAGACAGACCAUUGGAAGGGGACUGCAAGCUGGAACUCCUACGAUGGGAUAAUACAGAAGCUCAGGCAGUAUUCUGGCAUUCCUCUGCACAUAUGCUCGGAGAGGCAAUGGAAAGGGUAUAUGGUGGUCACCUGUGUUACGGUCCACCAAUUGAAGAAGGAUUUUACUAUGAUAUGCAUUACCCAGAGAAAGGCAUAUCAUCAACUGAUUUCCACGUUCUUGAAGGUCUAGUUAAGAAGAUAGCCAAGGAAAAGCAACCUUUUGAACGACUUGAACUGACCAAGGAACAGCUGAUGGAAAUGUUUGAUUACAAUCCCUUUAAGAUACGCAUCCUCAAGGAGAAGGUGGAUACAGCCACGACCACUGUAUACAGAUGUGGUCCGCUCAUUGAUCUUUGCAGAGGACCGCAUGUACGGCAUACGGGGAAAGUUAAAGCAUUAAAAGUCACUAAGAACUCCGCCACAUAUUGGGAGGGUAAAGCCGAUGCCGAAAGCUUACAGCGUGUCUAUGGUGUAUCGUUCCCUGAACCCAAACAGCUGAAGGAAUGGGAGGUUAUACAAGAAGAAGCUGCGAAAAGGGAUCAUAGGAAGAUCGGUAGGGAACAAGAGUUAUAUUUCUUCCACGAGCUGUCUCCCGGGUCUUGCUUCUUCCAGCCCCGCGGUGCUCAUAUAUACAACAACCUCGUUACCUUCAUCCGGGAACAAUACAGGAAGAGAGGUUUCCAAGAAGUGGUUACACCGAACAUGUACAACGCUAAGCUCUGGCAGACGUCGGGUCACUGGGCUCACUAUGCAGAAAAUAUGUUCUCGUUCGACGUAGAGAAGGAAACAUUCGCGUUGAAGCCUAUGAAUUGUCCGGGACAUUGCCUGAUGUUCGACAACCGCACCCGCUCGUGGCGCGAGCUGCCGCUGCGGCUGGCGGACUUCGGCGUGCUGCACCGCAACGAGCUGAGCGGCGCGCUCACGGGCCUCACGCGCGUGCGGCGCUUCCAGCAGGACGACGCGCACAUCUUCUGCGCGCCCGCGCACAUCGAGCACGAGAUGCUCGGCUGCCUCGAAUUCUUGGAAUGCGUGUACUCCACGUUCGGAUUCACGUUCCAACUGAAACUGUCGACGAGACCGGAGAAGUACCUCGGAGACAUCGCCACCUGGGAGCAGGCUGAGAAGGCUUUGGAGGAUUCCCUCAACAAGUUCGGUAGACCGUGGCAGCUGAACCCUGGGGACGGAGCGUUCUACGGGCCCAAGAUAGACAUCACCAUCCAGGAUGCGCUGCGACGCUCGCACCAGUGCGCCACCAUACAGCUGGACUUCCAGCUGCCGGAGAGAUUCAACCUGACCUAUGUCAGUGAAUCCGGCGAUAAGAAGCGGCCUGUAAUCAUUCACCGAGCUAUUCUGGGUUCCGUGGAGCGAAUGAUAGCGAUCUUGAGUGAGUCGUACGCCGGCAAGUGGCCCUUCUGGCUCAGUCCUCGGCAGGCGCGAGUCGUGCCCGUUGGACCAGCGUUCGAUGAUUAUGCUAUACAGGUGAAUGAGAAGCUGUUCGCGAGCGGCUUCAUGUCUGAAGUAGACACGGAUGCUGGCGACACUCUCAACAAGAAAGUUCGGAAUGCUCAGUUGGCGCAGUUCAACUAUAUAUUAGUGGUUGGUGAACGAGAGAAGAACUCGGGAACAGUGAAUGUCCGUACCCGUGACAACAAAGUCCACGGAGAAAUGUCAAUCGAAGGUCUCAUCGAGCACUUCACCAAGCUCGUCAAUGAGAAAACACUUGCAGAAGACAGUGAAUUACUAAAAUAAGUUUGAAUCACAUUUAACUCAAACUGGUGUUUCAUUCAACUCAAUAAAUAAUUUAAAUUUGGAAUUAUUUUUCCUUAUAUAUUAUCUAUAUUCAUAAACGAGUCGACGGUUUUUUUUUUUUGAAAACUAUUAAAUCAAUAUACAUAAAACUUAUACUAGAAGAUGCAGAGCGAUUCGAAAAAGGUUUUAGUAUAUAAUACAAUUAUAUAACUGCAAAUGUAAGACAACACAAAAAAAAUUGUAUAUUUGAAAUUUAACUAACACUAUAAAAUAGCGUCGAUUCAGUUUUUUUUAAUGUUAUUAAAUCAUAGAAGUGACUAAGCAUAAUAAAAAUAAACUGAAGUCGAAUCGCUUGUAAGAUUAUUUUCUCGAAUAAGUCAAUUUAAAUUAUAUUAUUAUUAAAACAAAUCGAUUUGAUGUUUGAAACACCAGUUGUGACAUUCAAAAUAUUCCGUUCUACCAAUACUUACUAUUUUUGAUGGCUAGAAUAUUAAAUGUUAACAUUUUAAAACAAAUAAUAAAAAAAAAUGUUUAUAAAACAUUGGAUCAAUAAAACGUUUUAAAAUUUUAGUGUAUUGCAUGAAACUAUGCAGUAUACUAUACUAUAUUUAUUCUAAAGGAUUAGAUUUUCAUAAAAAAAUCCGUCGAGUAAAUUUUUGACGCCAAGUUUUAUUUUCAUGUUAAUACCGGAAUUAGACAUGCGUGCUCGUGUCUCGCCACUCAACGAAUUGUUUAACGAGAUAUGUGUGUCUUUACGCUGACACGAGGAUUUGAAAAAACUGAAAGUCGUGUAUUUAAAAAAAAACCGUUAACGUCAGCGUUGACGUCAAAAAUGAUUCGAAAGACGAACACUACGUUCACACAUCCGUGCUUGUGACGUCACACGAAUGUCUAAAUGCGACUUAAGAAUAUUUUUAGAUUUCAGUAAUUUCUGUAUUAUCAUAUAAUCAUUGCUUAUUUAUAAAUCUACCAGUGUUGUUUUUAUUAUUAAACAUUUUGUACCGUAGUACUUAGCCAGAGAUGUAAUUUUUCAAGUUUAUAAUUUUGCUCAUGCAUUUAGGUUUUUAUUUUAAUUUAUUUCUUGUAAGUAAUGGUGGAUAAAUAAAACUAUAAAAAAUA